GCAACGCUGACGUGUUUAACGCAGAAAUUGUGACUGUCGCAUUGUGGUUCCGGGAAGCAGAAGAGCGGCAAGUACUAAUUCAGAGGUGUUAAACAACCGUUUCUUGUUAUUUCUACUGCGGACAGAUUCGCAAAAGUGCGUGACGAUGGCAGGAGAAAUGUCAAUGAUUGGUUCUAUGAUCCUGGCUCUGUUCUUGGCCGGUUAUUUGGGUCAACAGUACUUGCCUCCACCCAAGCCCAAAGUGAUUGGCCUGGACCUGGGAACCACUUUUUGCUCUGUGGGCGUUUUCCACCCUGGCAGCGGAGAAGUGGAGGUGAUCGCAGAUGAGGAGGGCAGGAGGAGCAUCCCGAGCGCCGUCUCCUUCACCAACACGACGGUGCUGACUGGACACGAUGCGGUAGAUGUGGCCGACAACAACCCCCACAACACUAUCUAUGAUGCAAAGAGGUUCAUCGGGAAGGUCUUUACUCCACAUUUGCUGGAGCAGGAAAGCAGCCGCUAUCCAUUCAAGGUGAUGUCCAACAACGGGAGCGCCGAGUUUGUGAUCACCACCAACGUUACAUUCACAGUGACUCCCGAGUUCAUCGGCUCUAGGCUGCUGCUGAAGAUGAGGAAGAUGGCCGAGCGGCAACUGGGCGCGCUCGUUCACAAAGCCGUCAUCUCUGUGCCCGCAGAGUUUGACGAGAGGCAGCGGGAGUACACCAUCAAAGCCGCCAACCUCGCCGGCUUGGAGAUCUUGCGCGUGAUCAAUGAACCCACGGCGGCGGCCAUGGCGUACGGCCUUCACAAGGUGGACGUCUUCAGCGUGCUAGUGGUGGACCUCGGCGGAGGAACCCUGGACGUGUCUCUGCUCAACAAACAGGGUGGCAUGUUCUUCACCAGAGCCAUGGCCGGGAACAACAAGCUCGGCGGUCAAGACUUCAGCCAGAGGUUAUUCCAGUACGCCACAGAGCGAGUGCGACAGGAGUUCGGCGUGGCUCCCACUCUGAAAGAGGACCUCCAUCGUCUACGGCAGGCCGUGGAGGCGGCCAAAAUCAACCUCACCCUCCAGGCCAGCGCCACCAUCAGGUCGCCGCUGCGCCUGCUCACCCGUGACGACUCGGCCCCGGAGCGGGUGCUCUUCGAGGCGGAGGUGACGCGGCAACUUUUCGAGGAGCUCAACGAGGACCUCUUCCGGAAGAUUUUGGCCCCGUUGGAGACGGUGCUCACCGAGGGCCAGCUGGACAAAGACGAAGUGGAUGAGAUCGUGCUGGUGGGCGGCUCCACCAGGAUUCCGCGCAUCCGCCGGCUCAUCGCCGACUUCUUCGGCAAAGAGCCCAACACUUCGGUGGACCCCGACCUCGCCGUGGUGACGGGCGUGGCCCUCCAGGCGGGCAUCAUGGGCGGAUCGUGGCCGUUACAGGUCAGCGCCAUCGAAAUCCCCAAUAAACGCCUUCACAAGACCAACUUCAACUAGUUGAAAACGCGGGACAGUGCCGAGACCACCUGAAUGUACUUCUUUUUGGGCCACCGAGAACUAAAGUGGGCUAACUGUUACUUGUGGAGGACCGAGGGGAAGUUUUAUGACUGGCCACAAAAACAUUCGGAAGAAUCGUGGUCCGAAUCCAAACCGGUGUCAAGUUUAUCAAUAUGUCAUCAAAGAUGAUGAAUAACAUUCACUGAAACUAACAUGCAGAAGCUGUUACUCAAGAUAUUUAAAAAAACAAAACAAAAAAAAGGCUUUGGGGCAAUAAGCGACUGUCACCUUUUUGUUCGAAUUGGAAUUCAACCAGCAUUUAAACCAGCACUCAAUUGAUAGGUGACUUUUGUCUAACUGGAAUCUAGUUAACCCACUCGGUUUCUCGGUUUAUACCUGAAGAACCAGACUUUUUAGCUGCGCUUAAUCAGCAACAUCUCAAUUUGUACUUGGAGACAAAUGGGCCAAAACGGCACGUUGGUUGGACCAACGAGAAAUACGAAUCUCAGGAAGUGGACAGACUUGGUUAUUAUUGACCACAGGGUUGUCGUUUCAAGACUCAGUGGGGACACUGGGAACUGGAAUGAGGUGCACACAUCCCCCCCCCCCUCCCCCUCUCACCUUAAUAUCUGUAAUUUAAUCAAAUGAAGAACUAUUG